AUGUCAAUAACCUCCAACAACACUAUGGCAUCCUUUGCACAAAGCAAGAAACGAAAAAGAAGACGUCAAGAUAAGGCAUCCAUUUCAGCAAGAUUGAUUCUGGAUGAGCAUAUGAAAGGGGAUGUGGGAAUCAUAUCUGAGGAUUUGACAAAAGACCUAUUUUUGAGCGGUGUGUCUGGGGAAACGGUGCAGUACAUUGCGAUAUCCCCCUGGGGUCCUUCUAAAGCAGUCGAAGACUCAACAUGGACUGUUCUUCCUGUCAGGUCCUCAAGUACUUUGGCACAUUCCACCGUACAAUUCUCACCGGACUCACCGACUCUACAAGCAUUCGCCGAAACCCUUCAGAGGGCUGCUUCCUCAAAAUUAUCGACGAAUAACAGAAGCGGGAUUGAAAUACGUGUCCUAGAUAUCGUACCAUUACCUUUAGAGACAAUUUUUGUUACAAUUGAGGGGGAGUCUGCGAAGAGAUUAGAAAAUGGAGAAGGGACAUUUCACGGAGAACAUCCGCAGACGAACGGACACUCAAAGUCAUUUACAAAUGGGGUAAGCCCAGAGGAUAAACUGACCAAGGCGAUUCGAGAAGCUUUAAGAUCGUUGAAAGUCGUUCAUACAGGAGAUUUUGUUCAAUUACCUUUGCAACCCCAUCCUAUCACCCAUGUUCCCCCCCCUCCAGCAAAAGUAACUCUUAGCGAGCCUGUGGGACAAGGACUACUGUCGCCAAAAACCAAGAUAAUUGUCACACAAACUGGCCAUCAUGCAAAAAGUCAAUCAAAACAAUCGCCUAUCCCAAUGAGCCGAGGGCUGAAUCAAGUGACGGAAGAGGACGAAGAUACAAGUAAUGACCAAUUCUAUUCCGCUGCCGAGGACAGAUAUAAAACCGAUACUGCUUUUGAGGAGGAAUCUGAUUAUGUUACAGAAACAGAAACAGACACGGAGCUAGACAGUAGUGCCGAUAAUGAUAGUCUUUCGGAUGAUUCCAUGGACGACAUGAUCUCCUUACAAGCACCCAUGCUACCAGCUCACAACGCCAGCGGAAUUUCCACGAUACAACCGGGAUCUCCCCAAACAGUUGUACCCGGCGGACGAAGAACGAAUGGUGCCGCUACGCCAGGAUCGGUAUUCUCUUCUUUCACGACAACUACUCGUGCUGGUGGACAAAGCGGAAGGUUGUUCAAAACGCAAGGACUAGCUAUACCACUCUCCGACGAGAUGCUACACCCCAAGCCGAAUGCCGACGAUGAUGAGGAGGCGAGGAUAUUUGUGGAUAUCAACUCUCUAACCAAGAUUGGGUGCUUUUCAGGAGAUUGGGUAAGGUUAGAGGCAGCCGCAGAACCUCCUGCUAAUGGAGUUGGUCUAUUAGGCCUGGGGAGCUUUGGAGAAGCAGAUGAAGACAAACCCUGGCGGCCUGCGAAGGUUUUUGGCCUCCCAGAAAACUAUUCACACCGUCCCAUGACCAAAAUACCACGUGGUAAGCAAGAGGGUCGAAGACUGUCUUUUUUUGAGUCACAAGUUCAGAAACCCGCCACCCCGUCGGCUUACAUGUCACCUAUCCUCCUUGCAAAUUUGGAGAACACUUCCUACUGUCGCAUUGCUCCCCUGAAACUACCAUCACAGGCAGUAACAUUGAAAGCGCCGUCGGCUAAGAUUACUGGCUCUUCUUCCCCCCCGGUGGCCAAGGAGUUAACUCUCAUGAAGAUCUCCACCCCUGCCUCUAACGAGCGCACCUUGCAAAACGCUUUGUUUGCUGGACUGAAAAAGCAUUUUGCUGGAAAAACGAGAAUCGUUAGAAAAGGUGACCUCAUUGCUGUUCCAAUCGAUGAAGCCCUUGGUCGAACUCUAAGUCAGUCAUCUACAAGCGAGGACCUUGAAAUUGAUGAUAUGUUAUCAAACGCGAAACUCAAUGACUCCGAACCUAGUAAAUCAAGCAAGACGAGUGGAGUUGCUUGGUAUAGAGUAAGCUACGUUGGUUUGACGAAGGAAAAUACAGAAGGUAGCGAGGAUGAUGACGUAUGGGGAGGUGUAGCCUCGAUUGACGCCUCGAACACACGUAUGAUGCAGUCUGGGAGCGAAAAUAGUCGCUUACCUGCAACUAUGGAGAAUUCCUGGGAACAUUACUUGGGACUCAAGUCGAUAUCUAAGAAUGAUUUGGAAUCCACCGCAAUACCGGAAAUAAAAAGACCACAUGUCACGACUUUGCAACGACGAUUGAGGGAAUUAAUAGCCACAGCCACAAGCCCUAGAGCUAUACAUCUGAAGCUACCGCCACUCGCAAUAUUGCUUGUGUCUACGCAACGUGGCAUUGGAAAAGCAACAUUAGCAACCAAGGCUUGUGCAGAUAUUGGUUUACAUACCUUUAAGCUUGAUGCUGUCGAUAUCGUCGGCGAAGGUGGAGCUGGAAGCGACGUCAAAACUGCCGGAUUUCUAGAGGCGCGCGCUGAAAGAGCUAUGAAUUGUGGCCCUGAGUUUUGCGCACUCCUUAUACGUCACAUCGAAUCACUCACUGCCGACAGAAUGGUCACUACAUUAAAAGAAAUUCAAAGUGGAACGAGAGUGAUUAUUGCGACCACAACUGAGGUCGACAAGAUUCCAGACGGAAUCCGAGGCUUGUUCACUCACGAACUCGAAAUGACUGCUCCUGAUGAGUGGGAACGAGAGGGAAUACUUCGUGCUAUAAUUGAUGACCAAGCUAUCGAUCUCGCACUAGACGUAGACCUUAGUUCAGUCGCUGUAAAGACUGCUGCUCUCGUGGCCGGAGAUUUAGUUGAUGUUGUAGAUCGAGCUCUUGUGGCACGGAACGCUAGGAUAGAAAUACUCGCAGCUGCAUGUACCAAUGCUGAAAAUGUUGUUACAGUGCGCGAUAUUCUUGUUUCUGGUGGGGCGGCAGGUCGUUGCCUCACCAAAGCAGAUUUUGAUUUUGCAGUAGACGCCGCACGGAAGAAUUUUGCUGAUUCCAUCGGUGCACCCAAGAUUCCAAAUGUUGGUUGGGAUGAUGUAGGUGGACUUUCGAAUGUCAAGGAUGCAGUAAUGGAAACCAUUCAAUUACCUCUGGAGAGACCAGAAUUAUUCGCAAAAGGCAUGAAGAAAAGGUCUGGCAUUUUGUUUUAUGGCCCUCCUGGUACUGGAAAGACUUUACUUGCGAAGGCUAUUGCGACGGAAUUCAGUCUCAAUUUCUUCAGUGUCAAAGGUCCGGAGUUACUGAACAUGUACAUUGGUGAAUCUGAGGCCAAUGUUCGACGGGUCUUUCAACGUGCGCGUGACGCACGACCUUGUGUUGUUUUCUUCGACGAGCUUGACUCUGUCGCACCUAAGAGAGGCAAUCAAGGAGACAGUGGUGGGGUCAUGGACCGUAUUGUGUCGCAAUUGUUGGCGGAGUUAGAUGGCAUGUCUGAUGGGGAUGACGGUGGUGGAGGUGUCUUUGUUAUAGGUGCAACUAAUCGACCGGAUCUUUUGGAUGCAGCCUUAUUGAGACCAGGAAGAUUUGACAAGAUGUUGUACUUGGGAGUAAGUGAUACGCACGAAAAGCAAGAGACGAUUUUGGAAGCUUUAACAAGGAAAUUUACACUCUCCCCUACACUAUCCCUUUCACGUGUCGCUGCCACACUUCCAUUUACAUACACCGGAGCAGAUUUUUAUGCUCUCUGUUCUGAUGCUAUGCUGAAGGCUGUAACUCGUCAAGCAUCACUCGUGGACUCACAUGUCGCCGAACUCAACUCCCAACGAGUAAGCGAGGGCAAAGGAAAGGUCUCAACAGCAUAUUGGUUUGAUCAUUAUGCGAAAGAAGAUGAUUUACGUGUGGUAGUACAAGAGGAGGACUUUGAAGCUGCAGGAAGAGAGUUAGUUCCUAGUGUUAGUGCAGGAGAAUUGGAGCAUUAUGCAAGAGUUAGAAGUCAAUUCGAGAGCGUAAAAGAUAAGGAUAAAGGUGCGCAAAGACCUACCUCAUCAGGAAGUUCGAGGAGUUCGAGAAAAGGGAAAGGAAAAGGAAGAGUAGAUGUUAAAGGCAAAGGAAAGGCGAGAGACGUGGAUGGGUGGGGUGAGAACGCCGAGGAUGGUUAUUAUAAUGGCAGCGAUGAGGAACAACUUAAUGGUACGGUCAGAGUGAAGGGGAAAGGAAGGGAGUCUGUACAAGGGCUAUUUCAGGAGGGAAGUAUGGAGGAUGAAGAGAAUUUAUAUUGA